UUCUUCCGGCAAGAAUCCGCAUUUUUGUAUUUUACGUUCAAGCAAGAAAAUAGAGGAAAAAUGGAAAACCAUCUGAUUCCCCUGUUUCCAGCAGCCGAGGCUCUAGAAUUCCAAUUCAAAACUAACGGAGACGGUGAGCCACAAUUCAUAUCCGUUAAAGCAGUCGACGCCGUCUACGGCUCUCCGACCCCAGAGCAAGUAGCUGCGAAGAAUCGCAGAAUUCUCGAGAUUCAGCGAGCUCAAGAGCUGACCAAUGGCAGUGCUUUGAACCCCGUGCAGUACAGCGACGCCGUCAUCAGGCACCACAGGGUCGUUUCCGCCGCCGCCGCUGCGUCAUCAUCGUCGUCCGAGCAGAUGAGUGCGAUGAUCGCUCGGAUGGGCAUAAUGGAGGCCCGAUUAAACGCAAACAGCGCUAGGGUCCACAACUCUCGAUAUGUCUACUCUUUGAUCGGGAAAUCCCCAAUUCAAAUUAUUGGCAGAAUUAGGGUUGCGUGAAGAAGGCUUUAGCAAGGGGCUAUUAUGAUCAGAUUACCUCCGGUGCUGGUCGCAUCAGAUGAUUGGCGGUGGUGGCCGGAAUCCGACGAAGAAGACAAGCUGUCUUAGAAUCAGAUUUCAGCUUUUGGUCCUUUGAAGAAUUAAUUGCUUGAAGGCCUUGGGGGUUGAAUAUUGACCAUCAGGGCGCAUGGUUAGAAACCUUGAGAUGUUAUCCUUCCAUUGGUGCUGGUGUUCGGUGGUAUUCUUCAGGGGUGGUCGCCGGAAUUCGGUGAGAAGUUCAGCUGGUCUCUGGAACUUUAGGGAAUGGAAAGCUGCUGCAACUCUUAUUAAUCGGAGCCAAAGUCGGAGGGUUUGGAUUGCGAAUUUGGGAAUCAUUUCUUCUCAAAACUCGGAGAGAACCGCGAGUGUUAUAAGUAAGUGUUGCAUUAUUUCUAAUUCAAGCACGUUGUAUAGCCUUUUCGAGGUCAGAAUCAGACGACCGUGAAUCUGUCAAAACAGGGCAGUUUUGAAUAUUCUUCUUACGGGGCUGUUUUUGCUAUGUUGAGCUAAUAAUUUGGGCUGUGUGUCUUCUGAGAACUUGUAGAUUACAUUGUCAGGUUCAAUUUGGUGUAUUAUUUGAACAAUUUGGAUAACUCUAUAAAUUGUUAUGAUUUUUCAAA